UGACACAUGUUACUUCCUUGUUCAAAAUUUUCGCGCCAAAAGCCAUUUUCCUUGUCCUAGAGAUGGGUUUGUUUCUGUUUGCAGUCCUAGCCGUUAAUGAUGGGUACGUAAAAGUUUACCUACCGCUAGGCAGUCGGUAUUAAAAAUUACCGACCAGCAGUACACCUAUGGGCUAUGGGCUAUUACUGACUGUUUACUUUGGUCCUUGGACUUGGUCAGUUUAGUCAUAUACGAAGUAUAAAAUUUGCUUAGACAAAAUGUUUAUCAGCUGAUCAACAAAGUUAACCAUUUCAUUUUCAUACCAGGACUUUUCUCUUGUCCAGUAAACAAGUCAACGAAAACAGCAAAGACUAGUCUAAACAUCUCAUUUAUAAAUAUAUUUUUGCACAAAUUCCACCACUUAUCAGCAUAAUACACUUGUUUAAUUAUAUGCAUCAAACUCUAGGAUUAUAAUUCAACAGUGAAUAGUUGAGAUUAUUGAGGCUAUUGUCAAAAGCUAGUCUGUAUCUAGAAGAAUGGCUCUGAGAAAAGAAAGCAUUUUCUGGUGUUUCUGCUUCUGCUACUGCAUAAUCUCAUCUUACUCAGAAACAGACACUCUGAAACAAGGUAAUCAGCUCAAGGAUGGUGAUUACUUGGUUUCAACAGGCAAAGUAUUCACAUUAGGAUUCUUCAACCCACAAGAAGAGAAGAUAAUUGGAUACUUCAACCCAGAAAGUACAAAGAAUCGCUAUAUCGGUAUCUGGUACACUUAUGAUAAAGCUAAGAGACCAAUAUGGAUUGCAAACAGAAACAAACCCAUCUCUAGGACUUCUGGAGUACUUACAAUCGACAGAAAUAAUGGUGAUUUCAAGAUAUUAGAUAAAGAUUUGAUGCAAAUGUUGUUGAAACCUAAUGAAGAAGGAGGUUCUAGAAGAGUAGCAGCAGUGCUUACAGAUACAGGGAACUUUGUGGUGAAAGAGGUGAAUCCAGAUGGGUCAACAGGAAACAAAACAUUGUGGCAGAGCUUUGAUUAUCCAACUAACACACUUCUUCUUGGAAUGAAACUGGGAUUAAACUUCAAAACUGGUCAAAAAUGGUCGUUGACAUCUUCGGUAAGUGAUAAGCUUCCAACAAUGGGGCCUUUUACACUUGGUAUAGACCCCAAUAGUAGCAGACAGUUGACCAUGUGGAUGAGAGGGGAAAUUAAAUGGAGGAGCGGAAUUUGGCAAAAGGGAAAGUUCCCCAAUCUUAAGGAUGACCUCUUUAAGUUUGAUUAUGUGUCGAAUGAUGAAGAUACAUACUUCACUCUGUCUGUGGAAAACGUCUGGGAUGUAGUGGACUUUCCAAUGUAUCAACUAGAUUGGAAAGGUGCAAUACUUAUUUAUGACAAUCCCUGUUCAAGUAGAUCACAAUACACACAAUACUCAGACGGAUCAGGGUUUCCUUUGACCAGUGUUGUUGAGUGCAGACACAAGAAUUACCAACCUGGAUGCGUGAACCACCAUAAGCUGUCAGAAUGCAGGAAUAACAGAUGGUUUGACAGUAGCCGAGGCUAUGUGUUAUCUGAAGGUUUUAAGUAUGAUAAAAGGAACCACAUUUUGGGUGUGGCUGACUGCGAAGAUAAGUGCUUGAGUAACUGUUCAUGUGUUGCUUACGCCUCUAUUUACCCCAAUGGAACCGGGUGUGAGCUCUGGAGUAAUAUUUCACAUUUACAAGAAGAUGGAUACGCGCACACUUCUCACAGGAUGUUGUACCUGCAAAGACAAAUAAAUAGAGAAGAAGAGAGGGGAUUCUGGUGGGUGUGGCUUAUAGUAGCAACAUUUAGCUUUCUGCUGCUAAUAGUAUUAGCAUGGUUAUGCUAUCACACACAAAGAGAACUGCUCAAACUAGCACGAUUUUUUCACCUGCUAGGUGUAAUUGUACAUCAAAGCAUCACAGAAUAUCUUGAAUAUCUAUAUGAUCGCCUUCAGAGCAGUCUCGAGACAGCUGGGGAAAGGCAAAGAGAGGAGAAUAUGUCACUUGCUGAGCUAGGUUGUAGCAGUGCAGCUGGACACUCUAAAAGAUUACAAAGGAAGAAGAAACUCACCAUUGGCAAGAACAACCAUGGAAUACAAGUGUUCAGCUUUAAAAGUAUGAUUCAGGCAACAGAUAACUUCACUUCAAAUAGGCUUGGACAAGGAGGGUAUGGUAUAGUUUACAAGGGGAUAUUAGCGGAUAAUCAAGAGAUAGCGAUAAAGAGAUUAUCAAGAACAUCAAAGCAAGGUAGAUUAGAGUUCAUGAAUGAGGUAAAGCUUGUUGCCAAAUUACAGCACACAAAUCUUGUUAAGCUAAUUGGAUGCUGCAUAGAGCAAGGAGAGAAGAUAUUGGUAUAUGAAUACAUGCCAAACAAAAGCUUGGAUUAUUUCCUAUUUGAUUCAGGCAGAAAAAUGCUUCUUGAUUGGAAGAAGCGUUUCAACAUUAUCGAGGGGGUAGCUCAAGGACUACUCUACCUUCACAAAUAUUCAAGAUUGAAGAUAAUUCACAGAGACUUAAAAACAGGAAACAUAUUGCUUGAUCAGGAUAUGAAUCCAAAAAUUUCAGAUUUUGGUAUGGCCAGACUCUUUCAGAAUGACGAAUCAGGAGCAAAUACCAACAGAGUUGUUGGGACAAUCGGCUAUAUGUCCCCAGAAUAUGCAUACGAUGGAUAUGUUUCAGUCAAAUCUGAUGUUUUUAGUUUCGGUAUAUUAGUGUUGGAGAUAAUCACCAGUAAGAAGAACAAUGGAUCUUACUGCUCAAACCGCACACUCAACCUUAUUGGCUAUGCCUGGGAAUUGUGGACAGAAAAUAGAGGUUCAGAGCUGAUUGACCAAACCUCGAUUUCUGGCAAUAGAGACCACCAAGAACAAGAAGAAGAAGCAAUGAAGUGCAUCAAUGUCGGUCUCUUAUGCGUGCAAGAGAACCCAGCUGAUAGACCCACCAUGUCAACUGUUGUAAAUAUGAUCACAAAUGAGGGUUAUCAACUUCCUCAACCAAAGAAACCAGCAUUUUUCUUGAGCAAGGGUUUAUUACAGACAGACCAUCCCAAUUACGAUUUAGAGCAGGGUUCCUUGAACAAUGCUUCCAUUUCAGACAUGGAAGCUCGGUAAAAAAAAAAAAAUUACAGUUCUGUUUACUAGACAAGUUUGUGAUAGUAACAAUAGUACCGCUAUGCUUGUGAACAAUUUGAGGAACUAUAGUUCUUCUAAAACUUAUUUUCCAUUUAACAUCGGAAUGAAACUUAAUUACUAAACUACCGUCCACGUAGGAUCGGAUAAGUUUAUCGAAGAGCAAAACCGCUACCUGAAUAGCGGUAUAUUUUUUUUGAAAAAGGUAAAAUUGCUAGCUAAGAUAGUGAUACUAUAGAAAACACAUCAUGAGGUAGUGCUUUCUUAUAUGGUAGUAGUUUUACUAGGCAUAACCCCUAUUUGAGAUAGCAGUUUUAGUGGAUAAAAUCGCUGUCUUUUACUCUGAAAAAAAAAAUUAAAAUAAAUUGAGGUGUAUCCGAACCUACAUGGAAGGUAGUUUGGUAAUCGAGUUUCAUUCCGAUGCUAAAAAAGGGAAAUGAUUUUUAAAAGAACCAUACCUCCGUCGAUCGUUCUAUGCUUGAUGCAAUUUAGUUUUAUAAAAAUUCAAAAAGAGAAAUGAGUUUGCUGUUUACAUGCCACCAGCAUUCGGUCAUAAUAGAACAUUUCUCACAGGGAAAUAGAAUCGU